AUGUCUUCCCCAAGCAAACGCAGGGAGAUGGACUUGAUGAAACUGAUGAUGAGUGAUUAUAAGGUAGAUAUGAUCAAUGAUGGAAUGCAUGAGUUCUAUGUAGAUUUCCAUGGACCCAGUGAAAGUCCUUAUCAGGGAGGGGUGUGGAGGAUAAGAGUUGAAUUACCAGAUGCUUAUCCCUAUAAAUCUCCCUCAAUAGGCUUUGUCAAUAAGAUCUACCACCCAAAUGUUGAUGAGAUGUCAGGUUCAGUUUGUUUAGAUGUUAUCAAUCAAACGUGGAGCCCCAUGUUUGAUCUGGUGAACGUAUUUGAAGUAUUCCUACCACAGCUUCUGCUGUAUCCCAAUCCAUCAGACCCUUUGAAUGGAGAGGCUGCCGCUAUGAUGAUGCGCGACAGAGCUGCUUACGAACAAAGAGUUAAAGAAUUCUGUCAGAAGUAUGCAAAGCCUGAAGAUAUAGGAGCUGUCCCAGAAGACAAAUCAAGUGAUGAGGAACUAAGUGAAGAUGAAUCUGAUUCUUGUGAUGAUCAAGUGGCAGGUCAAGCAGAUCCAUAG